GGGUGUCGACCUCGUAUGAUGCCAUUCAGGAUCUGAUGGCGACGUUGAAGGUACAUCACCGUUACGAUGCUCGAGAGUCGAUGUGGGAAAUCAUUCUGAACAGUAUAGGACUUUACGAUCCGACUCAAGGCUUACAGUCAGGAGUUCAUCUCUGACGCCUUGAGCGACAAGCUUAGCGAUAUCCUCGUGACGCUCAUCGAGGUCUUUGCCUUGUCCACCAAGACGAUCCGCCGCGGGCGACUGCUGAAGUUCACACGCAACUUCCUCCUCGGGAACAGCGAUGCUCUACAAGCGGCGAUGGGUAAGCUGGAUAAGCUCACCAGUGUAGAGGCUCGUCUUGUUGGUGCAGAGACGUUGACCGAGUCGAAACGAACCGGUCGCGUCGUCGACGAUAUCUCAAUGACGGUCACUAGCACCAACACCACCGUGAUGGAGACCGGGAUGACGGUAAACCAGAUGAGCUACCAGGUCAACGAGGUUCAAGAGAUGCUGAGCACCCUCGUUAUAUCAGCAAACGAAUCUAAGCAAGAGAGCCUGGAGGAUCGCGAACAGUCGCUUCAAACACUAGUCAACAAGAUUCUCCGGCCAUCAAAGACCGACUCCGCUCAAGACUGGUAUGACAAGAUUAACAAGGCCCGGAUCCCAGGCACAGGCGACUGGAUAAGGAGCGAGGAUAUCUUCCAGGGCUGGCUGAGUAGAGACACGCCCGUUAUCUUUGUCUCCGGUAACCCUGGCGCAGGCAAGUCGUAUCUAUCCACGAAUAUCAUUAGCAUGCUUCGUGAGCAGUAUCCGCAGGGGAUUCAGAGUACAUCGCUCGUCUCCGUGGGAUAUUUCUUCUUCAAGGAUGACAACCCCGACACACGCUCGAUCCAUCUGGCCUUGCGGGACCUCGCCUUCCAAAUCAGCAAGAGUGACCCCGUCUACCGGAAACAUAUUGUGGCGGUCGAGCAAUACGACAAGAUCAACAGCCUGGAGAGUGCAUGGCGUCUGCUGUUUGUGGAUUACUUCCUGAAGAAGCCCGGCGCCGACAGCAGUGUCUACAUACUCCUGGAUGGCGUGGACGAAGCCUCGGAUGAGGAACGGGGAAUCUUUCUCAGCCUAGCAAAGGAUUUGUACAAUGCUCCGGAAAAGGCUCGCCUGCAGCUGGCUGUCGUGGGUCGUCCCCAUAUCAGCGACCAGCUGUUGGAAGGACUCGAGACGGAAGUUCCAACCAUCCAUGUUACGACGCAGAAGAACUCCGACGACAUCAACCAGUACAUUCAUGCGAGCAUCAAGAAAUCAGUUGUUCUCCGAAGAGUAUCGACGAAACUGCGCCAUGAGAUAGUUGAAAAACUGUCUGCCGGGGCAGAGGGCAUGUUUCUUUGGGUCAAUCUCAUGUUGCAAGAACUGGUGAAGAAGCGAAAUGAAAGCAGCAUCCGGAAAGCUCUGGACGAUCCCCCCAAGGGCCUUAAGGAGAUCCUUCGCCAUGUUCUUGCCAACUUUUCCAUAAGCUCUAAUGAAGAGGAACUCGAGUAUCUCAACGAGAUACUACUAUGGGUUACUUGCUCCCAGCAGCCGCUAACACUCGGCCUGAUCGACGCAAUCCUCAAGUUGAAAUCGCCAGAAGGGGAUGGUAUAAUUUAUUUGGAAGGCGCUCUUCGCCGUCAGUUCGCUUCUUUCUUCACACUUGACCGGGAAGAUGCUCUCACGACGGCAGAGUUGCAGAAUAUGUCGACAAAGCCUGACGUUUUCGAUGGGUCUGACGACGAAGAGAAUGAGGACCAGGACGAGGUCUUUGAAGAUGUCGAUAACUUUACUGAUUUUAACUCCGACUUGCAGACGACGACAGUCACCUUCUGCCAUGCCUCCAUUGGUGAUUUCUUCCGCGACGAGACAGAGAGCAAGGUCUCCGCUGGGGAAGGUCAUCUUGCAGUUGGUGUAAAUUACCACGAAGCCAAAGCGCACGUCCUCAAAACAUUUCUACGACUCUUCACUGACAGCGAGUUUGCGGAUAAGGCCGAUGAUUCGAAGAAGCUGUUCAUCCAUGCCGCGCAAGCCUGGGUUCCUCAUCUGCUUACCACCUCGCCAUCCGAGUGCUCGUUUGAGGAUAGGACAGAGACUGCAAAGCUGCUUCUAGUAGUCUUCAGAUCCGAAGAGGUUAUAUCAGGGUGGAUCGGCUGUCGCAGCUGGGUAUCGACAAAUGCCAGUAUCCAAGCCGUCCGGCAGUGGUGGAAAGAUGAUGCGGUUCUCACGUUUCUCUCUGAUGAUGAACGAGAAUUCAUAGCAUCUACCGAAGAGGACCCGAUGAAGACGUUUGAACCAGUGGUCAUGUUUUGCGUAAAACAAUGGUUGUGCAAAAAGAUGUGGAGUGUAUCUCCAUUAGCAGCCGUGGUCUGGAGCUACCAGAGCCUUUGCAAAGGCAAAGAGGUCAAUUUCCUGGAAAAUUACAACCCCACUGCCGCGGACCUUAUCGAAGCCGCCGAAUUCGGCGAUCUGGAGAAGACUGCUCUGUCGUAUCGACGCUGUGCAAUCGCUCUUCGGGAGGUCGGGCACUACGAGACAGCUCUGGAAUAUUUCAUGAAAUCGUUAGAGCUGGACUCGGAUGACUGGCUCACCAAGAGUGGAAUGGCGAUCACGUAUACACUCCAAAAGCAAUACCAAAAGGCGAUCGAACUAGACCAGGAGGCUGCCAAGAGAAUAUCAGAGGAGAUCGAAGCAGACCCAGAGAAUGACGACCUCCGAUUGGGCCUCCAUACUAUUCUCGAGCGUAUGGGUGACAGCUACAAGCAGCUGGGAGACCUGGAGAAGCGGUUUAAGAGCUUCAGCAAGGCGUACGAGUACAAGCCCUACUGCAACACGUGUAUCAACGCGCUUCUCGAACAUCAUCAUAGCCAUCAGGAUCACCAAGCAACAAUUGAUUUGCUUACUCAGUUGGCAGACACUUCGGUCCCAGAUGAGGACUACUCGCAAUUGACACAGACGGUGUGGCUAAACGCCGACUGUGAAUGUCAUUUUUUCAGCUUCGCUCUGGACGCCGCAUUGGCCACGGGGACUCUCAGUCUGAUGAUCGAGUCCUGGCGACUUGCAGCGAAAGCGGCUCGCAGAGCGUUGAAAACAGUGACUGCAGCCAAUAUCGAGCUGGGCCUUGCUCGCAUCUACAGCGAGUUCAUGCAUGACCAGGAAAAGGCUGUGAAACGGUGGGAAAAUAUCAUUAACACCUACGCCUCGUCCAAGGAUGAGACCGAGAUCGGCAUCAUUAAAUUGCAAGCCUCAUACCGGCUCGCCCAGCACUAUCUCUCAGAGGCUGUGAAUGCCGGGGUCGGUACAUCAGAGGCUGAAGAGGUGGCGGCAAAACUUGAAAAGCUUUCGAUGCAAGCUAAGGGUGAUGGCAAUCCACUAACAUUCGCUCUGCAGACCGCAGCGGCCCUCUCUCUCGGGGUCUAUCACCGCUUGAAAAGGCAAGAAACUGAGGCCCGCGCUCUCAUCAGGCCCUCUAUCAAACAGGGCAUCCACAUCUUGUCCGACGAUGACCCUGAAAAUGACACGAUGGGACUUAUGAAUCUCCUGACUGCAUUACUUGCUGCCAACGAUACGAAAAAUAUCAUUGCCGUUGCGUACGCCCUGGGUGCAUACGAAGAGGAGCCGGACGAACUCGAGAUGUGGACGUGCGAUGGGCCGUGUCAUCGGGACUGGCCCAACGCCGAUGAAUUUUCGCUGUGUACCAUCUGCUUCGAUACUUUUUGUAAGGACUGUGUGAAAAUGGUAGCGGAAGGGACCAUGGCCAUCAAUCGGUGCAAUUCCAGUCAUGCCCAGAGCUUUGUCUAUGUACCUCCGCGGCCGAAGGGGACAGCCCAGGGAUCAAUGCUGGUGGAUGGAGAAGAAAUGGAUUUUGAGGCUUGGAAGAACCUGCUGAGGAAGGAGUGGGGUGUUUAACUUGACUCAACGCAAGGCUAGUGAAGCAAUACAAGUCUUUGAUUUCAUGCUCAGGGAAUGAAGCAUAU